AUGUUGGUGAGGGUGUCCCAUCUUCCGACUCGUUUUCAUCGUAAACGUGCAGAAGCAUUUGCCAGACGUGCACAACAUGCUGAGCAUCAGGCUGCAAAAGCAGCUUUGCUGGAAACCGCAUCCCCGGGAUUUCUCGAGAAAAAUGAAAAUGAACGUGUGGAUCAAGACUCUAUUGCGUCGGCCGUAGAUAUUGGCUCUGCAACGAAGAGGUUCGACUUGAAGUUUCCCGGUGGUCCCUAUACCAUAGAUUAUUCGCGUAACGGACGGUUUCUUGCCUAUUGUGGAAAAUCCGGCAACAUUGGUGCCUUUGAUUGGUUGGUAAAAAAACCAUUGUUUGAAGUCAAUGUGAGUCAUGAGUGCAAAGAUAUAAAGUUUCUGCACCAAGAAACGCUGAUUGCUGUCGCUGAGCCUCAAGCUACAUCUAUUUAUGAUAAUCAAGGAUUGGAAGUGCAUUGUAUGAAACAAUUGCAUCGUGUAUUGCGGCUGGAAUUUCUCCCGUAUCAUUUUCUGUUGGUGGCUUCGGCCGAGAACGGUUUUCUCUACUAUCUGGACUGUACCACAGGCACUGUGGUGGCUGCUAUUCCCACCUACGGGGGACGGUUGGGAGUGCUUUGUCAGAAUCCUACCAAUGCUGUCGUAAUUAGUGGGCACAACACUGGAGCGGUGUCCAUGUGGAUUCCUACAGAAAAAUCUCCGGUGGUGAAAUUAUUUGCCCAUCACAACGGACUUACCGCAAUUUCUUGUGAUCGUACCGGGAAGUAUUUGGCAACGUGUGCACUAGAUCGCAAGCUCAAAGUAUGGGACUUGCGUUCUUCUUACGAUCCACUGUCCGAAAUACAACUCCCUAUAUCAGCCACGACCAUCUCAUAUAGCCAACGGGGUUUGCUUGCUGUUGGUGCGGGAAACACGGUUCAAAUACUGCGAGAUCCACACUUGGGCUUGACGGAUAGUGCAUCGUGGGAGGAUUUGGGUUCACCACCCAAGCGCACUAUGAUUGCUCCCGGCGUCAAUCGGCUGGUCUUGCAAGGGGCCUAUUUGUCACACUAUGCGGUACGCCCCGUGCACCGUGUCCAAUUCUGCCCGUAUGAGGAUGUUCUGGGCAUUGGAACCAGUGGUGGAAUAUCUUCAAUUUUGUGCCCGGGCAGUGCUGAGGCCAACUACGACGCUUUGGAGGAGAAUCCGUUUGCAAACAGACGUUAUAGACAAGAGCGUGAGGUGAAACGUUUACUGGACAAGGUAUGCAUUCCCUCCAAGAUUUACCCGGGUUGA